AAAAAAACUGCUUUUUCGUUUUCGAUUUUUGCCCAUUCUCUGUUCAACCUUAAGUGUGUACAUUAUUGUAAAGAUUACGGUACUGUUCCGGUUUUGUUACUGUUCUGAUGGUACCAACUCCUCUUGACAAUCCUAAUUAUAAUGAAUCGUUUUCGAUGACAUUAUUACAACUGUGAGUUGUGAUUUGAUUUAGCAAUUAGAGAUGAACUAACGAUAUUGAUAUUUAAAAAAAAGUGUAUAACAGCUUUUAUUUAUCAAACUAAACUUGAUGGUAUAGAAGAUACAAUAAUGUAUGAAAAAUGUUCGGAAAUAUGUAGAGCUACCCUUCCGAACAACUGGCAUCACUGAUUGUUCUCUAUAUGCCAAUUCGAUAUCUAUCUUUGCCGCUCCAGACGGUACCGCUGUACACAAAAAGGCAGCUACUUUUCUAAUGUCAAUUUUUUUACUCGCAAACGUGUGUUGGCGUGGCUGCGGGUAAGGAUAUUUCGCUUUUUUUCAGGUGAAAAACAUUGUAUUUCGGAACCGAAGGUAGUUAAAAAGUCAGACGGUGUGUCACUAAACAGUUUUCCGGUCAACAAUGGACGAGGAAACACCGGAAUUGCUGUUUUUCGAUACAUUUUCACAUGAUACCUACGAGAAAUUAAACCUCGACCUAGUGCAAUUCCCGAAACCGGUCUACAUCACCGAGGUACGUAUCAUCCCGCUGGGAGCCCGGGUACAGGCAGACUUCCCCGGCGGUGUCCGUCUGGGGGCAACCAAUCCGUCCCAAUUUAAGAUCGAACUGUUCGUAAACGAUCUGGGCAAACCGGGAGCACCGACGUUCGAGUGUUUGGGUGAUUUCGAGUACAAUCAGAACAACUGUAUUCAUUUGGAGUGUGGCAAAUCGGACGAUGGACCACGUCCCAUUCCAACCGAUGGGUUGGUGCUGAAGGGAUUCUACACCACGAUUACGCUAGCGGUUUAUGGAAUUUUGACGGCUAACAUAGCGGAACCGAUUGUUUCACCCCGGGAGGCUACUCCCCAACCGGAUCAGGUACUACCGGUUGAAAUUGGUGGCAUAGGGGAUGGACCGGUUGGUAUCGUCGAGCCGUUGGGUGUUACGCAGGAGUGGCUUGAGGAACCGGCACCCGUCGUUCCGACGGAGGUGUUCGUACAGAAGGAAUACCCGGAGGCGGAUGGGGAGGAUAUUCCAAAGGAUCCUAGAUUGUACGCUAGACGGGUUGCUGCGGCAGCAUCUGCCGCUGCUACUGGCCUCGGUUCGCUUCCGGUGGAACCGGUUUCGCCGAAACUACUGGAUUGUGAAGUGGUUGUUGAAAAACGUACCAAACGGGUGUCUCGAUCGACGGAGCGGCAAAUGCAGUACGAACCGAUGGUGCGGUCCAGAGGGAGAAGUCAUGAGUACUCACGUUCGCCUAGUCUGUGCAAGGAUUAUCAGAAGCGCGAGUGGUCUAGAAGUCCGGAAUAUGGGAAUAGAUCGCGUCGGGUGCGUAGUAAUUCGUACGAUCGUGCUCGGAGAGGUUCGUCGUAUGAUUUGGAGAAGGAGGAUCGUCGACGACCGAGGUCUCCGAUUGAUUCGCCCCGUCGUCCGAGAUCGCCGGAUCCGUUGGAUUCGUCUAAUGAUUAUGAUGAUGCUGAGUACCGGUACGGAUCAGGUGGACAUAAAUAUGAUAAGCGUCCGGUCGAGGGUCGUGUAAAGGCAGUUGCUGUUGCUGGUAGUCCGGUUUCAAUAUCGGCUACUCCGGUUGCUUCGCCGGCUUUGAUGCCCGAAGAGGAUGCACUGUCCGGUACGGAACAGUUUGAACCGAUUCUUAGUGAUGAGGAUAUAGCGGAUGACUAUGAUUACGACAUGGAUUAUGAUUUUGCCGAGGAGUACUAUAAGAGCUUUAAUCCGUUCACGGCGGUGUUGUCGAAGUUUGUACCUACGGAGAGGGAAGCUGUUCAACUGUCACCGAUCAAACAUCUGGAGAAUGUGUUGAAAAAUAAUCGAUACAAUGGGACGGCCACGGCUAAUUUUGGGACAGAAUCCGGAGAUUUUAAGGAAGGUUUCGUGAACUAUACCGAUCAGGUAGUGCUACUUUUGAAUCAAAUUGUUCAGUUGCCGGAAAAUAGAGCCAAAUUUGAGCUUGUUUUGGAAGGUUGGAUUGAGCAGAAGGUGGAAGGAAUUGAGCUUUUGCUGAACUGUAUCAAGCUGGGUUUGAAUAUUGAUCGCGCUUUGACUCAGCCCCAGCCAGCGUACAAACUGCGCCACAUGAAGGCCGGUAUCCGGCUGACGGAGCUGCUCGGAUCGACGAAUGCAUUUAUCAAAGUUAUUUUGGCUCAGACAGAUUUCAACAUAUUUGACAAGUUGCUGGGACUGUACUCCCAGAGUUACAUGGCUCUGUCGAUCAAGCUGAUGAUCAUUCGAUCCAUUUACGCCUGUUUGGAUACGAAGCACGGGUUGGACUAUUUCCUUAGCACGGCCUACAAUGGCUACCAAAUCCUGCUGGAUUUGAUUCAGGAGAAUCCAUCAACUCGGAUCAGUUUUGCGUUGAAGUCGCUGCUGAAGAAGAUUAACAUGUAUGAGAAUUUGGAUUUGCUGCGUAGCUCAGUGUCGGACAUGUACACGACUCGACAUGAGGCAUCUUUCAAACCGGAUCCGGCGACGCUGUCGGUGCUGGAAAAUUGUUUCAGCGAAUUAACGAAAGCACUUACCUGGGAUGCCAUCGCGUACAGCCAGCCGAAGCGUUUUCUACCCGUGUCGGCUAAAUUUGCGAUCCACAAGGACAUCCGGUCGGCACUGACGGCCAACCGAAGUUUUGUAACAUUCUUUCAGAUUCAUCACCUACUGGAAACGAUCAUCUUUUUGCUUGAGAUUAAACCGCAAUCGUCAUCGCUGAUCGGUGCGGUAUACGAUCUACUGGCUGCUCUGCUUAAAAAGCAACAGAAACUGCACUAUCUGAUGGAUAAUACCGAUCUGGUCAACGUUCUGCUGCGUAUUUUGUUCCAACACUGCCCUCCGCUGAUCGGCGAGGAGGCUCACCCGGAAGAAUUACUACAUGAUCUCACCCGUGGACAGAUGCUGGGCUUGGAGAUGGCCUAUAAGCUGCAGACGGUUUACUAUUUGGAUGCGAUUGGACACACGAAAGAUGACCUGGACAAACAGGUGGAAUAUCUGCAGUCGUUGUUCCAUCUGGCCAACAGCAUCGGCAAGCGGUACGUUGUGGAGGUGAUCUGUAUGGAGGACAACAUGAAACUGUUUCUCGGUUUGAUCGAGAAGGAAAAGCGAGCACUGAAUAAGGACGGAUCGCCGGGGGUAAAGCACAAGUCUCCGGUACUAAGCUACAGCAUUGAUUUGGUAGAUUGCGCGGUACGGAACUGCGACAACGUUGGUUAUCUGGUGCAGCACGGGGAAAGUCUGCUGAAUCUGACGAAACAUCACGAACAGUUCGAAUCCUCGGUCAGUGCGAUGCUUCAGGAGAUGGCGGUUUAUCUGAAACCGCUGGAAAUUCACGAGAUAUUCUCCUACGAAGAUAUUAAUCCGCUGGUUGAAUUGAUGAAACGUAGCUUCGAGUUCAUAACGACCUUCCCGGGAGAUCUGAUCACGUCGUUGAGAUUGCUUCGCUACCUGGGUAUUUCGGAGUACGACGAAACGAACGAGCUCGGUCAUACCGAACUCAAAUACAAGUACACCAUCCUCCAGUUCUAUUCGGCGGACGGGAAAAGUCUCCUCAUUUCGAUCCUGGAGAAACUUUACACCUAUUUUGAUCAACCAGCGAUUCACGCUUCCAGCUUGGCAAGCAUGCAAGGCGUUCUACUUACCCAGAUCUUGACACCGUUGAUUCUAAUCCUACGCAAGCUAAUGACCUAUCUGAUCGAGUGUCGUAACACCGAGUUUAAAGAUCUCACCGUGAUCGAACCGCUUCUCCGAACCUACGCUCUGAUGCAAAGUGUCCCCGUCAGUGCUGCAGCUAUCAACGAUGCCCGCGAGAUCCAGAAAGACAUCAUCCGGAUCCUACUUACCUUCACUCAACCAACACCGACGGAUGGUCUCGACACCAACAACAUCCACAAAAGCCUCUGGACGCAGAUGAUCGGCGAACUGAUCAAAUUCAUUCUGUACGGUCCGAACUACUUCAUCCCAGGGCUAUUGGUAUUCUCCGAACUUUUACCACUGCCACUUCCGAUCCAAUGCCGCCAGGAGCUGACACCGAUCGAGAUCAGCAAACUUGUCAACGAACGGCAGCUCUGGUCCGCGCAUCUCCACCCUCAAAGUCCUAGCAUCACGGAAAUGAUUCAAACCAUUUGCCCGUCCAGCUACACCCCGCUGCUUGUUAUCUUCAGUCGUGUCUGUCUGCAACUUUCCGACCUCGCCCCGAACAUGACCCUUCUCAUCUCGAAAGCGAUCACCGAUCUGAUCCUACAGGAACCGCUGCUGCCGGGUGGUUUGGCCAGUACCGCACACGCUCGCCUGUUCAGUUUUCUCGGUAGUUUGGUCUGUCACGCAUCGGUUAAAAUUUCCGUCCUCUCGAUCCUUCCCGGUCGCAUCAUGGAUCUGAUGAGUGGUUUCCUGCUUAACUCCGGUCAAACUCCGGCUCAUCAGCAGACCCAGGAAAAUAUCUACAUCGUGUUUCAGAAUCUGCUCGAUUCCGAGUUUGCCAUGGUGUUCGGUAACAUCGCGCCGAUCAUGCAGUUGGCUUGUUCGCUCCCCGCGAAGGAGAUCAUGGAAAGUUGCUGCUCGACGAUCGUGGAGAAUCUGUCCAGUGAGGAUGUGGGGGUCGGGGUGCUGGCUGCUGUCGUGCGGACGAUGCUGCUGCUGACCGAGCAUGACAUCACACUCACAACCCUCCUGGUGGCGAUGGAAAAACGCAAAGACGCCAUCCUGACCGUGGUGCAACGAUUCGUCGACAAGGCCCAACAGCAGGAAAACCCGGACACCUACCGGCCAAUCUUUGUCAUGCUGGCCGAAUUCUGGCGUUCGCUCAUUACGAUCGACGAAACGGCACUGGUUGGCUUCAAUCUACCCAAGCGAACCAUCAAACUUAGUCCGGAACAGUUGGGGACCUUCCUGUACCGGGUGCCAAUCAAAAAAGAAGGUCAAGAGCAACCUACCACUGCUGACGCCGACUGUACUCAACUGUUGUCAACUUUGAUGACCAUCUAUAAGAUGGAACCGAAAGCGGUGGUGGAACCACCACCACCAGCGGAACCGAUCGAAGGCGAGGAAACUUCCCAGCCGGUGAUCAUUCCACCAUUGGACACCCUAGAGGAAAACCUAACCUAUCUGGUGGAACAGCUGAAAGACAUCCCUCCCGGAACCGGCGAGUGUCAGUUUGAUUUCGGAACCGUCGAACCACUUCCGCAAGCGGAAGGCAUCGUCACACAGUAUGCCUCCCGCAGUGUAUUCAUCAUCAGCGAGGAAUUCGAGGAUCAGCUGAAAGCUAGCUAUUGGCUUAGUUUCUCACCAUGUGACGAAGAUUUGGAACGGGAGCAGAUUCCGUGCGAUUUACAGGAACUGGCAAAGAUCUGCCUGUCCGGGGACAUCAAUCUAACGUCGGAUUGUAAGCGACUGUUGCAUUUGUCCGCUUCGCCUCAUUCACACCGUGAUCGGGUUACGACUGCUCCGUGCUUCCGAACGCGACGGGUGGAGGUCGAACCGAGUACCGGGCGGCCGGAGAAAAAGAUUUUCGCAACCCCUUUGCGAGGACGUGGUUUCACUCGAGCUCCCGUCACUCGGGGUGAUCUGUUCCGAUCACGUCCACCAAACACCUCUCGGCCACCUUCGCUACACGUGGAUGAUUUUCUGGCGCUGGAAACGUGUGGAGCACAACCGACCGGUCCAACCGGUUAUAAUAAACUAUCGCGGGAUAUUAUAACCAUUCGGGGUAGUGGUCGGGGACGCGGUCGUUCCUUUUCCGAUCGUGUCCGUCCCGGACAAAGUUCUGGUUGGGGUCAGAGUGGAAGUAGUAGCGGUGGUGGUGGUGGAGGAGGAGGAGGUGGUGGGAGUGGAUCCAGCUGGUCGCAAGGGCACGAUGGUCCGUCUAGUUCGAGCGGUGGUGGUGGAGGAGGAGGUGGAGGGAAGCACUUUGGUAGUAGCAGUAGCAGCGGUCAUAGCCACUACCGAGAGCAAUCGCAGAAUCAUUUCGGCGCACCGCAUAUUCGAUCCCGGUCCGGACGUGGUUUCAAUCGCUAUGGCGGUAGGCUCUAUUCACGGCCACUGUAAGGUAAGGGUUUUUUUUCUAUCUGAAUAAUUGAGCUCGGUGCCGGCUGUUGUCGCAAGCAGAGCCUAAUCGUCGCAACCAUUUUUUACUCUAUAAUUAUUUUGAUUGCAUUUGACUUGGUAGCUGCCGCGGUUGUUGAGUGACUGUGAAAUCCAAUUAGGUAGCGCUAUCUCCUAUUUAGCAUUGACUUUGAUAGAUAUUGUUCAAGUAACAUUAAAAUGUGUCAGUAGUGUGGAA